AUGCGGGUUCUUUUUUGGAAUAUCAAUGGUGUUGCCCGUACAACAACACAUUCUAAGCUUAGGGAGCUGAUUAGAGAUUUCCAUCCAGAAGUUUUUGGUCUUGCUGAACCAAAAGUGGCGUGCUCAACAAAUUUUGGGAGGAGGCUAAUUUCUGAAGGUUAUUCUUCGUUUAUUAUUAAUAAUUCUGCUAAUUCUGGUAUUGCAAAUCUUUGGGUUUGUUAUAAGGAUGGGCUUCAUGUUUCUGUAUUUAAUUCUAGUAAAAAAGCUAUUACAAUUGCGGUUGAUGGUGUGUAUAUCUCUUUUGUCCAUGCUAGCUACAUUCAAACUACUAGGCGCAUGCUUUGGCGGCAAUUAGUUAUGCAAGAUUCAAUUACACCUUGGAUGGUCAUAGGUGAUUUUAAUUGUAUUUUGCGUUUGAAUGAGAAGAAAGGUGGCUUGGAAAUAAGAUCGUCUAUUAUUGAUGAUUUCAGUGAUUGGAUGGAUGACAAUAAUCUUUUUGAAUCGGAUUCCUUGGGAAGCAAAUUCACUUGGUGUAAUAGGGAAUCUGGUACUAGGCGUAUUAUUAGUAAGUUGGAUCGUGCAAUUAUUAAUGCGGCUUGGCUUGCUAAAUUUGAGAAUUGGCGGCCUUGUCGGGCUCCUUUUCGUGUUCAAAAGAUGUGGUUUUUACAUGGGGAUUUUCUUCGGAUGGUCAAUGAGAAUUGGACUUUGUCUGUUCAUGGUUCUCCUGAUUUUAUUUUCCCUUAUAAAUUGAAGCGGCUGAAGAUUGCAAUGAAGGAUUGGAAUCUGAGGAUUUUUGGUAAUGUGAAUUCUCGUUUGAAGCAAGACCAACUUCGUUUUGAGACAAAAGCUCUUAUUUCAGAUGAGGAUCCUAGUAAUACUGCUAAACUAAAUGUAAUGAAGGAUGCUAUGAAAACUUUAGGUGAUACUCGUUUGCAACAGUUAACUAUGCUCAAGCAAAAGUCUAGGAACAAAUGGUUGGUGGAGGGUUCAAGUAAUUCCAGUUUCUUUCAUAAUAGUAUUAGAAUUAGAAAAAGUUUUAAUACUAUUUCGGAACUUGUUGAUAUGAAUGGGACUUGUUUGACAAAUUAUGAGAAGCUUCGUAAUCAUGUAGUUCAGUUCUAUGAAGAUAAGUUCAAUGGCCAAGAUCCGGUGAUAGAAGGGGAUUUAUUUGAUUUUGAGCAUGCUUCAAUUUCUGUUGAGGAGAGCAACGCCAUGGAUAUGAUUCCUUCCCCGGAAGAAAUUAAGCAAGCUGUUUUUGAUCUGAGUGCGGAUAGUGCCCCAGGGCCGGAUGGUUUCUCUGGUUGUUUCUAUCGUCAUUGUUGGGAUAUUAUUCAUGAUUAUUUAACCAAGGCCAUUAUUCAUUGUUGGAAUGCGGGUAGUAUUCCAAAUGGUGUUAAUUCAUAUUUUAUCAUCUUGCUGGCUAAGGUUGCCUUCAUGAAAGGGAGAAAUAUUCAUGAGAAUAUUAGCUUGGCGUCGGAGAUGGUUAAUGAGUUGCAUUAUAAAUGCAAGGAUGGCAACAUUGGCCUUAAACUUGAUAUUUCUCAAGCUUUUGACACGUCUACUAGAAUUUCUGUCAUUUUGAAUGGUAGUCCGGAGGGUUACUUCAAAAUUAACAGAGGUUUGCGUCAAGGUGAUCCCCUCUCCCCUUUGAUUUUUGUCUUGAUUGAGGAUGUUCUUAGCAGAAAUAUUACGAAGCUUUUUCGUGAUAAAAAGAUGACGCCCAUGGUAACUAGAGAUGGUAUUUCUCCUACUCACCUUUUCUUUGCUGAUGACAUAAUGAUUUUUUGUAAAGGUAACUCCAAAAGUAUUCAUAAUCUUGUAGAAUUGUUGGGAAGAUAUCAACGUGUUUCAGGUCAGACUGUUUGUCGUCAAAAGAGUAAGAUUUAUUAUGGUGGUGGUUCUUCGAGUUGGUGUAAUUAUAUUGCAUCUUAUUUGGGGAUGAGGGUAGCUACUUUUCCGGACCGCUAUUUGGGUGUUAAAAUUAUGCCAGGUAUUGUUCGAUAUCUCCAUAUUAGCAAUGUGGUUGAAAAGAUUAGAAAUCAGCUUGCUGGUUGGAGAGGGAGGUUAUUAUCUUUUCAUGAUCGCAUUGUUCUUGUUAAAUCAGUUAUUGCCAGUUAUUACAUUCAUAAUAUGGCUAUUUAUAAGUGUCCUCGUAAGUUUAUUCUUCAAUGUGAGAGGGCUAUCCGUAACUUUAUUUGGUCUGGUGAUUCGAACAUUAAUCGUGUAGUGGUAGUGGCUUUUGAUAAAAUUUGUUGCCCUUUUGAGGAGGGGGGUCUCGGACUAACUCGUAUGGCCACUAUGAACAAAGCUCUUAUUAUUAAACUUUGGUGGAAGAUUCGUAAUUCUACAAAGAAGUGGGCUCUUUUCCUGAAGGCAAAAUUAUUUGAUCGUAAGGGUUGUAUUAAGCAUUCGGGGGUUAAAUCUUCUAUUUUGCCUGGUUUAAGGAGUGUGUAUAAUUGUGUGGAAAAGGAUACUAAGGUCUUAAUUGGUGAUGCUAGAGUUAGUGAUAUUUUAAAGGAUGGCCUUUGGGAUAUUCCUGAAAUUCACUUGCAAUACUUGAUUGCUGCUGGUCUAGAGUUGAAUAGGAUGCCAAUUCCUAUGGGUGGAUCUGAUGUUAGGGUAUGGAUGCUGGAGUUGAAGGGUGAGUUCAGCGUUAAGUCUGCAACUGAGUUGCUUCGGCAGAAGUAUGCUCGGUUAGAAGGUAUGCAACUUUUAUGGAGAAAAGAAGUUCAUCCUGUUCUUGCUACUCGGAACUGGAAAUUCUUACGUGGAGCAUGUGCUACGUAUGACCUUAUCAGGCGCAGGUUCAAGAUCUUGCUUGCUAACAAAUGCUGUCUGUGUGGUGUUCAAGAGGAAACUCUUACUCAUGUGUUAUAUGACUGUUGCUUUGCUACAAGGGCCUGGAAUUGGCUAGUUGAUGUGUUCAAGUUACAACCUAAUGCUAACCUUAUUGUUUCUUUUAAAGCAGCAAAAGGAAGGAGUCAUAUUGUCCGUGAUCUGUGGCUUAUUUCCAACCUUGUUGUUAGGUCGGAGCUAUGGCAGUUGCGGAACAAGGCUGUUUUCGAGGAUAAGAAGCCUAAUUGGAGUAUCUUUCAUAAGCGCGUUCUGAAGUUGAUACAAGAUUAUUCAAUUCGGCUCAAGGGUCAUAUGAACAAUAGUGAUGAUGAUGUUGUUCUUCUGAACUAUUUUAGAGUGCAACACCAUAGUGUGAAGUGGCAUCAUCCUGUGGCUUGUUUUUGGUUACCGCCUGAGGCUAAUGAAUUACAAAUUUGUUGUGAUGGAGCGGCGAGAGGAAACCCAGGCGUUGCGGGUGCAGGUGUAGUAGCUAGGGAUGAGCAUUGUUUAGUUCUUGGUGCUAUGAGUAUUGGGCUAGGAGUCAAGACGAACUAUUUAGCGGAAUUGUAUGGCAUUAUUGUUGGUUUGGAGUGGGCUAUGCAAUGGGGUUUUUCUCGUAUUUGUAUACGGUCUGAUUCUAUGGGAGUUGUUGAAGCUUUCAAGAAUAAUUCCAUUCCAUGGUUUGCAAGGAAUAGAUGGAUUCUGAUCUGUAGACACUAUACGUCUAUACGUUUCAUUCACACUUUUAGGGAGGUGAAUUUUUCAGCUGAUGCAAUGGAAAAGCGGGGUUGUUUAUUGAAUGAAUACAAGGAGCUUUCUGGAGGCUAUGAUUUGACUGAAAUAAUUGCUGGUCUCAUUCCUAAGAAGAAGAAGUUUAGAGUUGGAAAUAAGGGGAGAAAACAAUUAUAA